CAGAGAUAGUUUGUGUGGCUUUGAGGGAGGAGGGAGGGCGAGCGAGCGAGGGAGAGAGAGAGUGAGCAGCAGAGAGAGAGAGAGAGAGAGCGGCAGCCCCGCCAGGGACAGCAACAGACACCUGCUGGACGCGCUCAGCUCCCACCGCUCGGACACCGGCUUGGGCAGCCUGCUGCCACCUUCCUUCUGGGCUGUUAACUGGCUGCUUCUCAGUGCUGUCAUGAACUGGGAUUACACUCGCCACUGGAGACCCUGACACCAUUGCCCACCUGACACUUGCAGUCUCCCUUUCUUACUGGCUGUGCCCGCCAUUCUGCACACAGACAUGAAACUCAGGUCACCCGUGCCAUCCUAAAUGUGUGAGUCAGCCAACUGCAUCUUGCCAGCUCGGAGAAACCCUCAGGUGAGCCAAGGCACAGAAGAUCGGCCUGGGGGGUCCUGCUGGGCAUGGCAUGCCACACCUAAUCGUGUCGAUCCCCGUUUUCAGCAGGGGCUGGUGCCACCUGGAAGCUACCAUGCCGGGAUGACGAUGAUGGCAGUGCCGGGGGCCUUACAGCCCGACCGAGACAGGGUCACACACCUGCACCAAGGUGAGCUGGAAAUGGAUAUCGACUGGCAGGAGCUGAUGGCCAUCACCGAUCUUCAGGAAUUGGAAAUGCCCGCUGAUGCCACCUAUGAGUCUCCCCACUAUGGGCCACCUAUGCAAGUGAUGCCCCAGCCUGGAUUCCCACUGGACCCAUCACCAAGCAGCUCUUCUUUGCAGUUCUGUGGCUCAUCUCAAAGUACCAUCUUCAAGCGCCCCUACCCUGACAUGGUGCCAGCAGCGUCCUGCCAGAGGAUUGGCUCUCUCCGCAACAUGGACUCAUCUUUUGGACAUGUUGCCCAAGUAGGGCCCAGCUAUGCCAGAAUGCUGCCUGCCCCUCCAUCCUCCAACUCCUCUCCUUCCUCCAUGCAGCCCUUGACUGCCCCGGUCAUGAGCAUGCUGGACCACAUGGCAAUGACGGGCAGCACAGAGUCAGGCAUACACGAUACCAUGGGGACUGGCAGUGGGAGCCAACAUAGAACAGCAACCGGGCUCUGUAAGCCACACCUGCAGGAUGACCUGGAGUCGGACUCUGGUCUGUCCUUGGGUUCCAGUCCUCCAUUGGCAUCGCCAGGCACUGCCACAGCUGGAGGUAACCCCUACCUCGGUGCGGGCGACAACUCCAUGAACUACAGCGAUGCAGAGCCUUUAGAGAUGGAGCUGGAGCAAGCCAGGAUGAGGCCAGAAUUCUUGGAGUUGUACCAUAUGGACUACCACCAGCACCAGCUGAACCAGUGCCACAUGAGUCACCAGUCUUAUAAAAUGCCAACUUCAUAUGGCCACUCAGCAAACAUACAGCAGCAGGCUAUGCCUCCUCCUCCCCUCCAGGGAUUUCUGCCUGAGCUUGGGACAAACAAAGAAGGUGGCAUUAACCACAGCACUAGCGGUGGCAGAGCGGAGGGUCCCUAUGAGAAGCACCGAUCUCCAAAUGUGCGCAUGGACAUGUCAGUGAGCCGAGACCAGCGUCGGGCCAUGGCUCUGAAAAUCCCUCUGCCCAUCGAGGAGAUCAUCAACCUGCCAGUGGACGACUUCAACGAACAUCUGUCCAAGUACCAGCUGAACGAUGCCCAGCUGGCUCUCAUUCGGGACAUCCGCCGGCGAGGCAAAAACAAAGUGGCGGCACAGAACUGCCGCAAACGCAAGCUGGAGAACAUCGUGCACCUGGAGAAGGAAAUCGACCUCCUGCAGGCGGAGAAGGUGCAGCUGACGAGGGAGAAGUCUGAGAUGGGCCAGAACCUGAGCCACCUGAAGAGGAAGAUCAUCGAGCUCAGCGUGGAGGUCUUUGGGAGCCUCCGGGACGAGGAAGGGAAGCCGUACUCUCCAGAGGAAUACACCCUGCAGCAGACCAACGACGGCAAUGUGUUCUUGGUGCCACGGAAGCCAGUGGAUGGGAGUGACUGAAUGUCAAGGUGCCCAAUACCCAGAGUAGAUGGUCUCCUGAUGAAAAUCCAUGGAUCCGCUUUGAAUGAACAUUAAAAAAAAAAAAAAAAAAAGCAAAAGAAUCAGGCGACCAAACUUGGAAAACUAGGGGAGGAAUGGCGAGAGUGGCACACCUACCAAUGAGAAGAACUGCCCUGGCAGAGACUGGCAGGUACUGCCUCCUUCCUGCCCUUUUAGAAUUCCUGGGGAAUUGACAACGUGGAUUCCAAAUUGGACUUUUCAUAAAUUAUCGAUGACAAGCUUUUCAGAUGUCCAAUGUCCCCCCGCCUGGUUAAGUGGAUGUGUAGCUGGCCUAUGCAGUGUGACUCCCUUUUCAGACGUGCAAUGCCAAAUCGUGACUUGUCUCAGGCCAUGGAUACCACGGGACCACAUGUCCCCAUUCCUACAGGCCACCUAGAGACAACAACCAAACAAGGGUCGGCCAACAUUUCACCCUCCUCAUCAAGCCACAGUCCACAGCUCUUCACCUCAAGUACCUCACGUCCAGGACAAACUCCUCACUUGGUUUGAAUGUUUGCAUUGUCUUUGGAGUUUUAGCCAGGAAUCACUCAGGAACUGCCUUUCAGUGAUCACAGAGGCCUGUGCGAGAUCCGGCGUUCUAGAACAGUCUUGAACUUGAUGCCAGGUUCUCCUUCAGGAUCUCAUUAUGAGCUUGAUGGGCUCUUCACUCCUGUUAUGGCAGCAAAAUAAUAUUUUAAAAAGGGAAAGUAGUUCUCAAAGAACAGGGAUGAAGGAUACGAAGCAAAAAUAGUAAAAAAUCGUCAAAUGAGCAAUGGGAAUGGGACGGGCUUGAACCCGCUGUGAGCCAGCAAAGGGAUAACUGGAUCUGGAGAAUGGAGGGAUAAAUGAAAAAAAGAAUGAACGAAUGAACAAACGAACGAACAAAUGAACGAACAAACAAACAAAUGAACAGAUGAAUGAAUGAGUAGGAGGCUGGGUGGAUGAAUGAAUGGAUGAAGAAAUAAAGGCAUGAGCUAAUGGGUGAAUGGAUGAUUCCAAAAUGAAUAAAGAGCAUUCAUGAACAGAUGAGUGGAUGAAUUGAUGAAUGCAUGGAGGAACAAAGGGAGAAACAAAUGAGUGACUGGAUAAAGGAAUGAAUGAAUGAAUGAAUACACAGGGGAACAGUGAAGAAGGAUAGGGAAGAAAAAUAAAAUGAGGACGGGACAGGCUUGAACCCACUGUGAGCCUGCAAAGGGAUAACUGGAACUGGAGAAUGGAGGGAAAAGUGAAGGAAUGAGUAGGAAGAUGGGUGAAUAAGUGGAUGAAUGAAGUGAAGGAAUGAAUGAUGAUGGAUAAAUAAAUGAGAGAAUUAAAGAAUAGAUGAGUGGAUGAAUUGAUGAAUGAAUGCAUGAAGGAACAAAGAGAGAAAUGAAUGAGUGACUGGAUGAAUGAAUGAAUGAAUGAAUAGGUGGAUGGGUGGGUGGAUGAAGAAAUGAAGGAAUGAGUGAAUAGGUCUGAUACAUGAACUGAUACAUGAGUUAAUGCAUAUAUUAAUUAAUGUGCUCAUGUAUGAAUGAAUAGGAUGGAUAGAUACGUGAGUGGGAAAUUUCCAAAUGAAUGCAUGAAGUAACAAAUGAAAAACUUAAGUGAUUAGAUGAAUGAAUGAAUAGAUGAACAGGUGGGAAGAUAAAAAAAAUGAAUGAAUGAUCAAAUGAAGGAAUGGCUGAGUGAAUGGAUGAACUGAAACAUGAAUGCAUGAAUUAAUAAAUGAAUGAGCAAAUGAAUGGAUGCAUGCAAAUGGAUAAAAAAAUGAGGGAUUAAUGAUUUAAUGACUGAAUAGAUGAAUGGGUGGAUGAAGAAAUGAAUUAAUGAAUGAAUGAAUUCAUAGAUGGAUUGGUGUAUGAAGAAAUGUAGGAUUGAAUGAACAGAUGAAUGGAUCACGUAUGCCUGGACCAAUGCAUGAAUUAAGUUAUAUAUUAGUUAAUGCAUGCGUGCAUGACUGGAUAGAUGAAUUGAUGAAUGAAUUAAAAGAUGAGUGGACAAAGGAACAAAUUAAAAAAAUCAUGAGGUGAUUAGAUGAAUGAAUUAAUAAAUGAUGAACUGAAUAGAUGGGUGGGCAGGCAGAUGAGGAAAUAAAGGAAAUAAAUGAUAGCUGGAUGAAUUAAUGCAUGAAUAAAAAAAUGAACAAAAUAAUGGAUGAAUAGAUGAGUGGAUGAAUGAAUCCACAAAAGAACAAAUGAAGAAGUGAAUAAGUGAUUGCAUUAAUGAAUAAACAACAGAAUGAAUAGCUGGAUGGAUGGAUUGAUGGAUGAAUGGAUUAGUGGAUGGAUUAAUGAAUACAUUAUUGCAUGAAGGAAUGAAGGAAGGAAGGAAGGAAUUAAUGAAUGAAUGAAAAUGUUCAUGAAUGUAUAAAAAAUUAAGUAAUUAAAUGUUGAUUGAAUGAAUGAACGAGUGAACGAAAGAACAAAUGAAGGAAUGAAUGGAUGAAUUAAUGAAUGUGAGAGUUAAUGAAAAAUUUCAUGAAUGAAUAAAUUAAUUAAUAGACCCCCGCGACCCUGUGUUUGGAUUCAGCGGGUUGGAAAAUGGAUGGAUGGAUGGAUAAAAGACUGAAUGAAUGAACGAACAAACGAAUGAAUGAAUGAAAAAUUUUGUGAAUGAAUGAACAAAUUAGUAAAAGAGUAAUGAGAAAUUAAUUAGUUAAUUAAUUAACAAAUGAACAAAUGAAUGAAUGAAAAAUUUGAUGAAUGAAUGAACAAAUUAAUUACUUAAAGAUAUGAUGGAUGAAUUAAUUAAUUAAUUAAUUAAUUAAUUAAUUAAUAAAAGAUUGAUUGAAUGAAUGAACGAACAAACAAAAGAAAAUGAAUUAAUGAAAAAUGUGAUGACUGAAUUAACAUAUUAAUUAAUUAAAGACUUGAUGGAUGAAUGAAUGAAAAUUUAAUGAAUGAAUGAAUGAAUUAUGAGAUGGGCUGUCCAGGGUUGCAUCUUGCCUUUCAUGUGAUGUCGUCAGAUCAAUCAGAAUUGGUCUAACAGGUUAUGAGAAUGACAGACGUACUGGCAGAUUGUCUUCCAGCACUGGUUCAAGCGAUGCCAGAUGACAGUGCCAACCCAUGGCAGUACAACGGUCCUCUUAUGUCACACUAGACCUUUUUAUAGAACAUUCACUGAUUUUUAAUGUUUCUGGUCACAUUUGCCAUAAUGUGACUUGGUGGACAGCAGCAGUAUGACUCAGUGCUUCAGUUUUAAUGAGUGCCGAGUGCGACUCUCGUAAACUUGUGUCCCAAGAGGGCCUCCCAUAUUGUGUUAAAGUUUUCAGGGGGUGGGCUUGGGUGCUUUUCAUUUUUCAUUGACAACAGUGGUCAUGGCUGACUGUGGGGGUCCAGAGAGUAUUACAUGGGGCUUUCAUGAGCAAUCGCUCAUGGUUAGGGGUGGUGGUCUCAGAAAAAUUCUAAGGCAUAAUGAGUGCUGUAUUAUAUAAGGGAACGGUAAUAAUGUGAGUAGCACUGUGUACAGAAUUAAAUACAAUAAUAAUGAAAAGAGAAUCAUAAAAUGAAGAAAUGUAAAAAGGACGUCCUGCUGCAGUCCGCAGCCCAUCAUAGCAGAUCGACCUCGUCGUUUAGAAAAAAACAAAUGGGCGGGGCGACGAGGGGCGGGGCCAACACGCCACUCUAAAGUCGUUGACGUGAGACCGUCUGCUCAAAGGCGCCACCUGUUGACUUAAAUUCACCAACUGGCAAAAUUUUCUUAUUACUACUAUUAUUAUUUUUAUUUUAAUCUUUUAUUUUUGAAGACAUUCUGAGAUGCGAGGACAGUUUCAAUCAGACCGGCCAAUCCGGUGGCACCUCUUCAAGGGUUUUUUUUUUUUAAUUGUAUAAAUUAAGUUACAUCAAUUUCUAGCAAUUUUCAAUACGUACAGCCUUUGUAACUUUUUUCUUCUCAUUUUUUUAAACCUUGUGAUGAAUUGUUUGUUAUUUAUAUUAUAGAAAAAAAUACAAAAAAUUAAUAAAAUAAAAUUAUAAAACCAG